AUGCCUGGUUCAAUAUCGCCAUUCACGGCAUUACGCUCCAAUUCCAGUGUCUUCCACGAACAUCACAAUGAACUUCGUUUGCUAGCGUCAUUCUCCACCUCUUGUGGCGGAGGAUGGAUGGAGUUACUCGAGAGCGACGUCGAACUCAAUACCGUGCUAAGGAGAGGCACCGGCCCCCAGCGAGUAUUGGAGCAAAAGCGAACUUUGAUUUCAGAGCUGGCUGGCCGCGAAAACGACGUGAAACGCUUGGAUUACCCCGAGCCGUCUUCCUAA